AUGGCUGACCUCAACGUGGUCAGUCAUUACAACCUCCCCGAGGAGUUCCCCGAGGAAUGGCCGGCAGCGCUGAAUGAGGCCGACGAGUCGGAUGAGGAACCUGUUCAACGAACAAAGUCCCGCCCCCGCAAGUCGCGGUACUUCGCGCUAGAACGUACCCCGAGCGACUGGCGGAGUAACCUCGGGUCUCGCAGAGGGAAGGAUGGCAGGGAAAAUGCGUUAAAUGACGAGCCCGACCCAUUGGGCACUGGCGACAGUGUUCUACGGAUCCUCAAACAGAGAGGUUUGCGACUAGAAGAGGAGGGGGGUAAGCGUUCGCGAUUCCUGCUCUCGUCGACCUCGUUCUCGCCCGCGCUCUUCCUGUCUCAAGCACACCACUCGGACUCGAUCGAAUCCCUCGUGGCUGGUUUAGCCAAUCUGUCGCAGUCCAUCGAUCAAAAGUCGGCGUCGCUGAAAGUUCUAGUCGAGGCAAACUUCGAGCGCUUCGUUCGCGCCAAGGCAACCAUCGAUAGUGUAUACACGGAAAUGAGAGAUACAGGGGUACCCAAGGACCAAAGGCUGUCUGCUCGCAGGUCAGGGCAUUACCGGAGCUAUUCUGGUCAGCAGGCAGGCCCGUCUCCUUCUCCGGCGAUGGGUCCUGCCCGGAAAACCGCGCUGACCAAGGAAAGUGAGUACGGUAUGAGAGGCAUUCGAGACCCAUUGCUGGAAGCAUCCGUAAAGGCAGAAGAAGUGUGGGGACCUGCUCUCGGAGGUCGGGACCGUGAGCAAAUGCUCAAGUCCGUGGUGGACACCAUGGAGAAGCACCGCGACGUUUACGAAAUUGGAAGCUUGUUGUCCAAAUCCAUCCAGCAACGCGAUUAUGACUCCGUUUUCGAGCAAUACACCAAGGCGAGGACCUUGGCGAAUCGGGCGGAGAGCAUUGUGGAGCAGGCUUCCAGCAGCCGCCGGCAGCUGAACGACCUCGAGACACAUACGAUCUUAGCCAUGGGGCGAAUGUGGAUGGAUGUCGACCAGCAGAUUCGUUCCUUCAAGGGUGAGCUUUGGAGACGGCUCGGCGACGCGCCGACUACAUCGACCACAAGCACUGCAUCGGGUCCUGUGGAGGAACAUAUGGAGCUUAUUGGAGCUUUGUUGGAAUUGGGCGUCGAUGAUAACCCCAUCUGGACAUGGCUUCAUAGCCGACUUGAAUUCCUCAAGACCAAAAUCACUUCGUUCUGUGAGCGCUGCAAGGUGGAGAUCGAAAUAUUGCGACGCAGGCUUGCCGCAGGAGACAAACCCUCGCCUCAAGUCACCGCGUCCUACCUUCGCCUGGCCCCUCGUGAUGGCUCUGCAGAAUUCCCCGAAAGGCUUGAUACAGAUCAUGUCAUCGAGCUGUGGGAUUGUGUCCAGGCUUUCCUGACCCGUCUUCUUUCAUCCCAGAGUGGCUUGUUAGGCGAGGUAUUGGACUUUUGGGAAGUUGCCCAGUCCUUUAUCGAUGGCAGCCGACAACGCCUUCUUCCUGUCGGAUUCGAGGGCGAGAGCCGAAAACACCAUCGUCUUUCUCGGGAGAACGUCGAGGAAUUGGAAAAGGGUGUUGUGGAACUGGUCAACCUGAUCCGCGAAAAUGUUCUGUCUCUUUUCAAUGAGCCUCCGACUGAAGACAUAUCACUUCUUUCCUCUCCUAUUCCACCGAGUCCCACGAGCCCGGCCUCGAGGGGUAUCACUCCCACGGAGUCCCGCUUCAAAUUGGACCCGAAGAACUUGCCCUUCCCGGUGCCUAAAAAAGGAGAACCUUGGGAAGAGUUUGCCUUUUGGCCUCCAUUUUCCAACUCGCUGAGCGGUGCUCACUACCUUGGCAAGUUCCUUGUCAUUAUUGGUACCGCCGCCAGUGAGAUGGCGGCUCUGCACCCAGUCAGUAAUGCUGGGCCAACUCGUGAUUUCCUUAAGGCUCUUGUGAGUAUUGCUCGCGAGCGGUGUGCUCGGGUGGCAUGCGCUACGUGGAGCAAGGAUGCGGAGGUUUGCAAGAUGUUGGAAGACUGGACGCGUGAUUCGGACAAACGAGAUUUGACCAAGAUGCCGGGCUUCUUGGUCGCUUUUGAGAGCGCCAAUCUCAGUGGUCUGCAGAAGAUUCUUUACAUUUCCGAGGCCAUGACGAAAUCAGGGUCCAUGGAUGUCGUGACUCCGCCUCCUGCGAAGCUGCUUCAGAUGGUUCGCACUCAAUUCGUGUCCAGUGUCUACAAGGCACUCAGUGGGCUGGUUGAGAACGCAGAGAGCCUGACGGCUUCGGAUGAAGAGAACGAGUGGGUCAUUUCCAGACCUGUCAUGACGAGCCAGGUACUUGAUGCCGCUUUGUCUGUCCUUGCUGCAGAUUCGGUGGAUUCAAGCAACCGGAAUGUCCGAAUCCUCCUCACACUUUCCAAUCUCAAAGCUCUCCAGGCCGAAUACGUGCCUCAGUUAAUUUCCAACUUUGAGACUUCCUUCUCGGUCAAAUUGACGGAAGAGGGCAAGACUGUCCGGGAUGUUCUCAAGCAAAUCGAGGGCCGCCUGUUCCAGUCAUACACCGAACCAACUAUCGCUACUUUGGAUGAGACGAUCACCAACGGCAUUGCGGCAGCCGACUGGGUGCCGUCGACCGAUCGACCUGAUCAAGUUCGUCCCUACGUCUACAAUAUCAUGCUGACUCUUGUGCUGGUCCACACCGAGAUCUCGACGACCGUCCCCUCUAGCGUAAACGCCAGCUCCAGCCGCUCUUCACCAAAUGCCCCGUCGUCUCUCCUAUCGACGGUGCUCACCCACCUCCUAGUGAAAGUCUCUUCGUCUCUGUUGGCUGCCUUCCGAACUCGAACCAGCUUCACACUUGCUGCUCUGAUGCAAGCCACCUUGGAUACCGAGUUCAUCGCGCAAACAUUAUCACAGUAUUCGACCGACGAAGCAUCCAACAUCCAAAGCCAGAUCUACGUCGAACUAGAUCGUCGGACCACGAACGAAGCCCGCACCAAGCUCCAGGACGAGCUGGGAGAAAUGAGAGUCGUGCUGAAGCGACUGAGAGAUCGUACCAAGGGUGAAUUUGCCUGCUUCCGAAAAUCACGGAGCGGCGGUUCCAAAACUUCUGUUGGCACAUAG